AUGUUUAACAGCUUUAUCAUAUGCAGCUUCGCCUACGCGUCUCUCGCCUUCGCUGCCAGUAUACCACAGCAUAAAGUACAGCAGCCCCUUCUCCCCGAUCAUCAAGCAGGUGGAUUGAAGCCGAACAAUAUCCACGUCAUGUUGGCAUUUAUUGAGAGCGGAGGAAAUAUGCAAAAGCUGGCGGAAAUCCCACUAAACACACGGAUCGUCGCUGCAGCAGUAAAUCCUCCCCAGGAGCCACUGACACUGCGGUUAGGCCUUAACAUACCAAAUCGUCUAAGUGCUAUCAAAAUUGCUAUGGCAGUCACAGUCGAAGACCGUUCGAUAUCACUAGAACGCCUGGACAAGAUCAUGUGCAGAAUCACGCCAAAGACGGAUGCCAAAGAGAAAGAGGCAAUGAAAGGCGAAGGGAAGCCAGAUGAGCUGCCGUGGUUCAUGUUGAGGGACGGCACGGUCGAACUCGAAGAUAGUUCGUCGCAAUGGUUUCUUGGAGGCAGAGCGAUACAAAGCUUCGAGUGCCGUUAA